ACCCAUGGAUGUAAUGGCGCUGCUGUAAGCGUCCCACGAAAAUCGUCGGCAUUGCGUCUCUCUCCGACUUCUCUCGUUUCUAGCAUUUUAUCACGUGUAUUUGAUCUGUUCAGUAAAUUGGCAUGAAUGUAAUGUAAUUAAAAAAUUAAUUUUUCUUCUUGAGCGAUAAUAAAAAUGAGUAAAGCUAACCUUAAGGAAACAUUCGAAGUAGAAUGCAGGCAUGGAGCGUUUUAUACUGGCGGUAAUAUACAAUGGAAUGCGAACGCGGAGUAUUUAUUUUGCCAGAAAGGAGACACCGUGUCCAUGCUAUCUAUGAGUAAAGGCUCCGUGAUAUCGUCACUGGGUAUAACAGAGGCUGACCAACAGGAGGAUACGAUAAAUUGUUUUGCUCUUUGUAAUGAAGAUACAGGCAUAAUCACUUAUCACAAAAGUGGACUGUUCAAAUUAUGGGAUUGGAAAACUAGUAAGUUAACAAAACUAUGGAAAUCUAUUCAUAAAGGACCUGUAAUGCGAAUAACUCUUUCAAAUAAUGAUGUUUUAAUGGCAUCUGGUGGAAGCGAUGGAACUGUCAGAUUAUGGGAUUUGCAACAUCACGCAUGUACACACAGUCUCAGAGGAAUACAGGGAGUAAUCAGCAUAUUAGAAUUUCAUCCAAAUAGGGAAAAAUCACUUCUGUUUGGCGCUGGUGAUAAUACAAAGAUCUAUGGUUGGGACAUUGCUACUGGACAAGAAAAAAUUAUUCUUUCUGGACACUUUAGUAAAGUCACAUCACUUAACUUUCACGAAAAUGGAAAUUAUUUAGUCAGUUCAGGAAGAGAUCGAGUGCUAAUUUUAUGGGACAUAUUGACUGGAACGUCAAUACGUGUUUUACCAGUAUACGAAGGAAUUGAGGGGACUUUUAUAAUACCUGCGAAAUGUCUGCCGGCAUUUAUUAAAUCGCGUAAAAGCGAUGGCAUAUACAUUGCUUCAGCUGGUGAAAAAGGUGUUGUUAAAAUCUGGGAGAUGACAACAGGCAAGCAGAUUUAUGUGCAGGACGAUUCUUUAGUACCGCCGGCUAAGGAAGAAGGGGGCUUAUCAAUUACACAUUUACUUUACAAUAGCAUCCAUAAUAUUUUUGCUGUGGUGUCUGUUGAUCAUAACAUAAUUAUUCAUUCAUUGGAAUUAUUUGAAUGCAAAAAGCAAUUGGUAGGCUACAGCGAUGAAAUUCUAGAUGUUGCGUAUCUUGGAGAUAACGACAGUCAUCUCGCAAUUGCGACCAAUAGUUGUGAGAUAAAACUUUAUGAAAUUCUCUCUAUGAAUUGUCAACUAUUGUGCGGUCAUACUGACAGCGUUUUGGCACUCGCUACGACCCUAGCAAAUGUAAAUCUGCUUGUGUCUUCUGCUAAGGAUAAUAGUGUUCGCGUAUGGCUAUUGGAUAAAGAGACAUCGAGGAUGUCUUGCAUUGGACAUGCUGUUAGGCAUACAGCGUCGAUUAGUUCUGUUGCAAUAUCUCAGACAUCACUUAAAUUCUUCAGCACUGUUGCUCAAGAUUCAUGCCUGAAACUGUGGGAAUUACCCAACAAUCUCGAAUUACAUGAUCAAGCUUUAUCAUUAAAUACAAGCUGUACAAUAUUAGCGCACCAAAAAGAGAUAAACUGUGUAACCAUCUCACCAAAUGACAAACUGAUCGCUACAGCGUCGCAAGAUAAGACUGCUAAGUUGUGGUCCACUGAGAAUUUGGAAUUGCUCGGUGUGUUUCACGGUCACCGGAGAGGCGUAUGGUGCGUUCGAUUCUCGCCGAUUGAUCAAGUGCUCUUAACAACAUCCGCUGACUGUACCAUGAAACUGUGGUCUUUAACGGAACUUAAUUGUCUGAAGACGUUUGAGGGACAUGAAUCUUCCGUUUUAAGAGGAGAAUUUCUGUCGCGCGGUAUGCAACUAAUUACGUCGGGCGGAGACGGUCUUCUGAAAUUGUGGAAUAUCAAAACAUCCGAGUGCGUAUCUACCUUGCACCAACAUGAAAGCCACGUUUGGACACUCGCAGUCACCAAGGAUCAGAAACAUAUUAUUAGCGGGGGUAGCGAUUCGUUGUUGGUUAUUUGGAGAGAUGUAACUGAAGAAAGGAAAGCACGAGCCGCGUCGGAAAAAGCGCAGCUUGUGCUCGAGGAGCAAAAGUUGGCCAAUUUACUAAAAGCUGAACAACUGCAGACUGCGUUACAGUUGGCUCUAAAGCUAGAGCGACCGUCACAAGUUCUCAAGAUUGUAGAAGCUAUAUUGAAGAAAGGAUACCACGAGUUUGCAGAAAUAAUAAAGGAAUUAAAACCAUUCCGCAAGGAAUCGCUACUCAGGUGUGCAGUUACAUGGAAUAUGAAUAGCCGGAACUCACAUGCUGCUCAGGCGGUUAUAAGUGCCUUAAUAACAGAGAUCGGGAUGCAGGAGCUGCAGACAUCGGACUUAUUUUCCACUCUGGAAGUUAUGAUUCCCUAUACCGAUAGACAUUUUAAAAGAUCGGGAAAUUGCCCAUCAUUUGGCAGUUCCAUGACACAAACGGAACUCCUGCAAGAAUUGGCGAAUGAAUGUCGUUACGAUAAGAUGGUCAGGCCGCCCGGGGUGAUUAAUGAGACGGAUCCGAUCAGAAUUUACACCAGAGCUUUUAUCUACACGAUAAAGUCCAACAUGGCAAAAACUCUGCAAUUUGAUGUGCAUCUAAUGCUGCAGUUUCGAUAUCUGGAUAAACGGCUUAAAUUCGCGGAUAUAGCUCCUUAUUUGACUCAAAUAUACGGCGGUCAGAAUGCUCACGAGAUGAUUUGGACGCCUACUGUAUACGUCGCCAACGAGCGCACUUCGGCCGUAAUGGGAAAUGGCGUCAAAGACUUACUCAUCUCUAUCAGUUCUUAUGGCACGGUCAUGUUAAACACUAGAUUGGAAACCACCCUCAACUGCGGCCUACGAUUAGAAAAGUUCCCAUUCGACGUGCAAGAGUGUCCACUGGUAUUCGAAAGUUGGACUCACAAUGUAGACGACAUGGUGUUAGACUGGGAUGAAUAUCCGAUUGUCAUCGCGGAUAAUUUAUAUCUGACCGAGUACAAACUUGUGGACACGUGGGUUAAUCGCUCCGGAGUAUCCUAUACUCCAUCGCAACAUCAUUAUGCUGGCAAUUUUAGCUCGAUAAACAUUACGUUCAAACUGGCCCGUGAAAUGGGAUUCUUCAUGAUGGAUUAUUACGUGCCGUCUAUAUUGAUUGUGGUGGUUUCAUGGGUGUCUUUUUGGUUGCACCAAGACGCGAGCGCGCCGCGAAUAGUUUUAGGAACAAAUACUAUCUUAGCAUUUAUGACACUUGCAUCGAAAGUCGAAAAUUCGUUGCCGAAAGUCUCUUACAUAAAAGCGAGCGAAAUUUGGUUUUUGGGCUGCACGAUAUUUCUGUUCGCGGCAAUGGUCGAGUUUGCCUUUGUCAAUACCAUAUACAGGAGGAAAAAAAAUGUACCGUUGAAAAAGGUCAACAGCAAGUACAUUCUUAAGUCUACCCUGACACCGCGAUUGGCAAGAAAACAAUUUCAGAAGAAUACAACCGGUUUGGAACGAUCGCGAUCAUGGUCGUCAUUAGAUAAUGCGAAUACAAACAAUGAACAAGAUUUCACAAGUCAGAAUUAUCUCACCGUACACAGUUUUCCGAGCACGAUCAACAUUCCAUCGGUAAGAAUAGAAGAGGAUAAGGAUCCGGAUUAUUCCGUUGGUAGUAUCACAACCAUCGACAGUACUCCGCCGGUGACUAAGCCGUUUUCACGCAGGCCGACUCUGGCCAAGUUACACAAUUUCACGACAAUGACACCUCAGCAGAUCGCUCAGUGGAUCGAUAAACGCAGCAGGAUAGUAUUUCCCGUAUCAUUCAUCAUAUUCAAUGUUUUUUAUUGGUCUUUUAUAUGGAUCUGAAAUCGCGCUGUGCAAUGAAUUUCAGUCGAAUUUCCUUAUUUUCAAUACAAAUAGUCAAAUCUGUCGUAAACAGAUUUUGUAAGUGUUUACUGACAAACUAUGUCGGCAAAAUGCCAGCAAGAAUAUAACAAAAUAUAUGUUAACAAAAUAUGAUGAGAGAUUGACUGAAGAAACCGAACAGAGUCUGUAAAUUUCGUAUUUAAAUGAUUAUGAACAGAUUUUGUUUGAUUUCUGCUGGCAAUUUGUAAUCGAAUUAUGUCAGCAGGCUCUACUAGCAAAACACGAGCUUAAUGCGGAUACAGUUGAUACCAAUCUAUUGCAAUAUCCUGCUCGAAUUAGAUGACAAAUAACUGCUAACAUUAUACUGUUAACAGUUUGUUACCGGGAGCACAUCCUUUGUGGGAUUAAACCUCUUAUUCUUUUCUCUUAAUAUCUUUUUUCUUACUCUAUUCUAGCACAUGUAGAAUGAAAGUAUCUUUUUGCCCAUAAUUGCAAUAAUAUUUCCAUUUUCCACACAUGUGACUAAUUGUAAACAGCAAAUAUGAAAUAGUAGGGAAGUAACACAAGACAUAUUAAGCAUCCAAUAAUUAAGAGCGCUAAGAAUAGGAAAGUUCAACUGAAUUUAACUUGGUGAAUACGUUCCCUGCACAAUGAAAUUUGAAACGGUGAGAAUAUAUAAAGACGGAACGCUGAGACGAUAUCAACGAAGUAUUGCGAAUGAAAAAUCGCAAAGUUCUAAGAGAUUUAAUCGUGCAACAGUUUGUUAGUGUCUAAAAUUUCUAUGUUUAAAAGUUGUUAACAUAUUUCCUAUUGGCGCAACAAAUAACAAAUAUAUAAUCUCUACAAAAUAGAACUAGGAAAGUAGGACAUCUCCAUUUUUUUCUACGUAACAUCUGUAUCAAUAUAUGCUAGUUUUCAUUGUUUGUAAUUUAUGCAAAAUUCUUUACAAGUUAGAUCGAAGGUAUGUGAUCGUCGUAUAAUAUACUUCGUAUGUUAAAUAAUUUGAUGUUUUUUGAAGAAAUUCUAAUAUUGUAACUUCGGUGAUGCGAUAUGAGAAUAAUUUUCAAAAGUUUUUUUUAAAAUAAUAGUACAAAUUGCAAAUAUUGGUGCAACUAAUUUUCUUUGAGUUAAUAAUAAAAACAGGGUAUGUAGUGGAGACACAUUACACAUAAAUUAAUUUAAUAUUGUCAUUAAUUUCAUAUAUGUAUAGUAUAUAUGAUUACUAAAAGUUAGAUAUUGUAUUAGAUUAGACAUAGUUGUAAGUAGAAAUUAAUUUUAAAGAGUGAUGGCAAAAAGACCUGUUUUUUCGCUCAUUUCUUGGGCGAAAUUCGGGACCUCGAAUUUCAAACUUUUUUUUUAUGCCAAAUAGUACUAUUAGAUGAAACAUUAAUCCUAGUAAAAUUUUAAGACGAGCAUAGGCACGGUUCCGGAGAUACAAGGGAGUGAAAAUACGGAAUAUCGAAAAUUUGUAUAAGGGUAACUUUGUCAUUUUUAGAGAUAUUUUAAAUCCGUAAGCGGGUGCUGUUUCGGAAUCGUUUGUACUCGAUUCUGAAACAGCACCUGCUUGUAAAUUUAAAAUAUCUCUAAAAAUGGUGAAGAUAGCUCUUACUCCAAUUUUGAAAAUUCGGUACAAUCACCCCCUUAAGGGUACAAACAAAACUGGCGGUGGUACAAACGGGUACAAACGAUUCUGAAACAGCACCCGCUUGCGGAUUUACAAUAUCUCCAAAAAUGACAAAGUUACCUUUAUAUUACGAAUUUUUGAUAUCCCGUAUUUUCACCCCUUUCAUCUCCGGAACCGUGCCUAUGCUCAUCUUGAAAUUUUACUGGAAUUAAUGUUUUAUAUAAUAGUACUAUUUGCCAUGAAAAAAAGUUUGAAAUUCAAGGUCCCAAAAAUGGGCGAAAUUUGCCAUCACUCUUUGUAAUAUAUUAUACUAUAUUUCUGUACAAAUAAGUCUCACAUUUUCUAUCAGAUAUUUCAUAUCUCUAAUAGUGUUCAUAAUUCGAAAACUAAAAGAUUUUGCGUUCUGAAUCUUUUAUGUUGGUCUUUGCUGCAAAAAGAAAGAAGUUAAAAGCUGACAAUAAGUCUCGUCGCGUCAAAGUUAUCAGAAUUGUACUCGUUUCUUUUAUAUCACAUUGUAUACAUACAGUCAUAUUUUUAUUAGAAACAAUAAAUCACCGAAAUUUGA